GUAUCGAUGUCCAGCACUCAAUCAAGUAAAUCACGGCGCUUACCAAUGAUCAGCUCCGUUGGAUCCACGCAGAAGCGGUGCUUUAUUUGUCAUGACCCCAACGGCAGAAAAAGGAUUCCAAAGUGCGCCAUUCAUCAAGCAUGGACAGAGAAGGAAAUAUAUAUCCCUCAUGACAAUCGCUGCUGCAAUAUUCACCUUGAGGGAAAACUUUUCACAGAUGACGCAAUGCAGUUGAUUAUACCUACAAAACAUGGCGUUCUGAUGUCGGAUGAAGAACUUGCACAGUGGAUUUUGGAUCUCAGCAGCAACAGAAACAAGUUAGGUGCUAGAAGACGUCGUUAUAAUUUCGACGAUCAAACUGACGUGGACAAGGACGACUACCCAAAUCUUGUCGGAUUCUCUAAAAUUCAGUUUAACUCGCUGCUAGCAGAAAUAUCAGGCCAUGUACAUAACAGUGUCAACCGAAGUGUCCGAAAUGCGUUGGCCAUCUUCCUUAUGCUGCUUCGCCACAAUUUGGCUCAGAAAGUGCUGGGCAGUCUUUUUGGAAUCCCCAAUCAAUCAUGCGUGAGUGAGACCAUUGAUGCAGUCCCUACAGCGCUGGACAACCAUUUUGUCAAGAAAUACCUCGGUUUUGAACACUUGUCCCGUGAAGCAGCCCUUCGUGACCACUCUCGUCCCAUAUACUCGAAGCUAUUUAAAGAAGAAGACCCAACUAAGCUGUUUCUUAUCAUGGAUGGAACCUAUAUUUAUAUUGAAAAGCCGGCCGACUUUCACCUGCAGAAACUAACUUAUUCUGGGCAGAAAAAACGCAAUUUAAUCAAACCAUUUAUGAUAGUUCUUCCGUCAGGGUAUAUCUUGGCUGCGUGUGGUCCUUAUUAUGCAAAUGGUGCGAAUAACGACGCUGGGAUCUUAAAAUCCAUCCUGUCGGAGCUGCCACCUGAUUCACCUUACUUGAAACCGGGCGAUCACCACAUUCUGGACAGGGGAUUCAGAGACGUGAUUCAGACUCUUCUUCGCCUUGGACACCUCACACAUAUGCCAGAACUACUAGACACCGAUGAUAAACAAUUCACCACUUCGCAAGGAAAUGAGUCAAGACGGGUCACGUUGGUUAGAUGGUUGGUGGAGGCAGUAAAUGGAAGAAUCAAGAAAAAGUUCAAAUUAUUUCGAGAGACGGUUCCAGGAGGAUACCUUGAGAAGCUGCCCAUGUUGUUCAGAAUUGGUUGCGCCCUUAUUAACUGUUUCUGCCCUCCUCUCUCCACCCACUCACCCAAGCAUGAUAAGAUAGCCGAACGAGCAUUGGAACUUGCUGACCGGGAGAAUUUACUACAAAAGCGAAUGGAGGACGAGAAGAUGGAUCGCCGGACUAAGGAAUGGAAGACGGCCUCUCUGAAAGAAUUUCCAAAAUUCCCGAAGCUUAACGUUGACGAUCUGGAAGACAUAACCCUUGGAGUGUAUCAGAUUGGAUUGGCCAAGAGAUACGCUAAUCUGCACAUGAAAAAUUCUCCAAUCUUUGAAAUUAAACUGAAUUCAGAAUUUCCAAACAUCGUGCGAGCCAAGAUUGAAUCAAGGUUUACAGCCAAUAAAGCCCACGAUCUAUGGAUCGAAUAUUCUUCCGACCCAGAAGUUAAAGGUGCUGACGCAAUAAUUGGUUUCUACUGUAAAUGCAAACAAGGCGCUCGGACAUUGGGAUGUUGUGCACAUAUUUGCACACUAAGUUAAAAUUAUUAUAUGUAAAAAAGCAUAACUGGUAAAUGGUAGAUGUCUAUUUUUAUUAUAUUGUUAAAAGGUGCUGUGGUACUUGGGUUAUCAGAGGUACCAAAACCCAACAACAAUUAACGUUCGGAAAAGAAAACUGGAAAUUAUUAACGCCGGAAAACCUUAAUCGGAGGAGGAGGAAUCGGAGGAUUAUCAUUAAGGCAGUUUUUGGUCAGGUUAUGCAUAUACAUUUAUUUCUUCUAAUCUGGUAAUGACUCACAAUUUUAGAUCAUCUAUAAGUACGGCAUAAUUUGGGAAGGUACAUGAGUACUCUGAUUGAUUUCGUAGUUUGCAAUCCCAACCGUACUUAUAAAUGCAUGUUAGGCGAAUUAAACUAAUAUUAAUAUUGCGUAUUGUUUUUUUCAGGUUUCAUUGAGUUACAAUUUUUUUGUGUUGUGUACAUUUUCAUGGAUGUAUGUAUGUAUUCCAGUGUAAAGUUAUGAUGCUGUAGAAAAAUAAAAUCUGAGUUGUAUUGUAUAUAUGUACGAAUUAUAAUCUGUCAAAUUAUAAAUAUACAAUAUAUAUAUGUAAUACUCAAAAUUGCAACGAAAACCGAAAUGAAUAACGAGCAUUGUUGAGUACCUCAAAUGCGGCUGCAAAUAUGUACAUAUUGCUUUCUCGCUUAAUCUUCCAUGAUUUGUUACCACACAACUAAAAAUAAUAAUUAAUAUCGGGGGCCCAGCAUUUUGCAUUGCAAUCAAUGAAAAAUAAUGCAAAGGGGCCCACGGUUACCAUCAAGUUCGAUCAGUGUCUUUGACCGAAAUUCACAUUUGGCUAUGAACUAGGACAAUUUCCAGUGUUAAUAUUCCCUAAAAUGUGAAAAAUUCUUAAAUUUUAAAAUGAA